CGUGCGGGGACCGGGUACUCAUGCGCUAUGAGGACUCUGACAUUAGUUGGGUCAUUGCUGAUUCAUAGAGCUUGAAGGAUACAUUGGCUUUUUUGUUUCAAGAAAACUUGAACUUGGAAACAAGAUGGAAGAAAACAAACAGUGCAACAGUAUGGAUAAUUGUGAAGUUCCCAGCAAGAAAGUGAUUGAGUUCAAACCACCAGUGUACGAACAGAGAUACUACUUUGUUAAAAACUUAGUGAAUCGACAUGGACUCAAGAAGAUUGCAGACUUGGGCUUCGGUGAUGCCACACUUUUAUGGAUGCUGAAAUAUCACCGCUGCGUUCAAUAUCUUGUUGGAGUAGAUAUUGCUGCCAGACCCUUUGAAUGGGGAGGGGGUAGGUUGUCUCCAGGAGUGGGGGGGUACAUCGUUCCUCGGGAACUAGAUUUGACCAUAACCUUGUACCGUGGUUCUGCUGUACAAAAAGACUCCCGUUUGUGUGGAUUUGAUUUGAUAACAUGUAUUGAAUUUAUUUGCACUGAUGCUGCAAAGAAGCCAAAUUGA